AUGGACGCACAGCACUGCAAAACGAAUGGUGACCCUUUCCAGGAAUCUAUGUACAUUGAAGAGUCCUCAAAUAAAAAUGGUGUGAUUUCUUUGAUUUUCUCUCUGAAAGAAGAAGUUGGGGCAUUGGCUAAAGUUCUGCGCACAUUUGAGGAAAAAGGUAUAAACCUGACCCACAUUGAGUCCCGACCUUCCCGUCUCAACAAAGAUGAGUAUGAAUUCUUCAUUAACUUGGAAGGCAAGAAUGUCCCAGCACUGGACAAGAUCAUCAAGUCCUUGAGAACUGAUAUUGGAGCAACAGUCCACGAGCUUUCACGAACAAAGAAGAAGGACACUGUACCAUGGUUCCCAAGAAGCAUCCAGGAGCUGGACAGGUUUGCCAAUCAGAUCCUAAGCUAUGGAGCAGAAUUGGAUGCUGAUCAUCCUGGGUUCAAAGAUCCUGUGUACCGGGCCCGGAGGAAGGAGUUCGCGGAUAUCGCCUACAACUACAGACAUGGCCAACCUAUUCCUCAAGUCACCUACACAGAAGAAGAAAAGAAAACAUGGGGCACCGUCUUCAGGGAGCUGAAGAGUCUCUAUCCAACUCAUGCUUGUUAUGAACACAACCACGUGUUCCCACUGCUGGAGAAGUACUGUGGCUACCGGGAGGACAAUAUUCCCCAGCUUGAAGAUAUUUCAAAAUUCUUGCAGACCUGCACUGGAUUUCGCCUGCGUCCUGUUGCAGGCUUGCUCUCUUCUCGGGAUUUCUUGGCUGGGCUGGCAUUCCGAGUAUUCCACUCUACGCAGUAUAUUCGCCAUGCAUCCAAACCCAUGUACACACCAGAGCCUGAUAUUUGCCAUGAGCUGCUAGGACAUGUGCCUCUUUUUGCUGAUCCCAGUUUUGCUCAGUUUUCCCAGGAAAUUGGACUGGCAUCUCUGGGAGCUCCGGAUGAUUUCAUCGAGAAACUUGCUACGGUUUAUUGGUUUACGGUGGAGUUUGGACUAUGUAAGGAAGGCGAUUCACUCAAGGCGUAUGGUGCAGGGCUGCUGUCUUCAUUUGGGGAGCUGCAGUAUUGUUUAUCAAGUAAGCCUGAGAUUCAGCCUCUUGUCCUGGAGAAGACUGCUGUACAGAAGUACCCUGUUACUGAGUUCCAGCCUGUCUACUAUGUUGCUGAAAGUUUUAAAGAUGCGAAAGAAAAGCUAAGGAAAUUUGCUCAAACGAUCCCUCGUCCUUUCUCUGUUCGGUACAAUCCCUACACCCAGAGGAUUGAAGUCUUGGACAAUGCAAAGCAGCUGAAGAACUUAGCUGACACUAUCAACGGUGAGAUGGGGAUACUUUGCAAUGCCCUCCAGAAGAUAAAAUGAAGAUUUGCUGUAACUUGCUAAUCACUGGCUACUACCUAGAAGCUGCCAUGUGCAAAUGCCAGUCUUUGUCUAGCCUCAGUCUAUUAUCUUCUUGUG